AUGCCCACAUCGACAAGCACACCAAUGCUUCGCCCAUAUAGAUGCAUCAAGGCCGUCUCAUCAUGUCGGCUCAUCGGACGAAGCUAUCACGCAUUAUCAAUAUCAUCAUCUCCACUCCAAAAUAUCAAACCAAAACCUUCACGCCAGCCUUGGCAACAGAAUAGGGGCGCCAAACGGUCCAGCACCGCAAACCUUCUGGAUAUUGAACUUCCUCAAGGCGUCAUUCCAUUAGAUCCUCUCCCUCUUGAAGAGGCGACUCAAACUCUGCCGACUGUACUUUUACAAGCCAAGAAUAAUAUUAGGAAAUUUGAGAAUUGCGUGUUACUGACUCGCGUCGGGGGGUUUUAUGAAUUGUACUUUGAGCAUGCGGAUGAGUUUGGACCUUUAUUGAAUUUGAAGGUCGGGAAAAAGAAGGUUGGGAAGGCGCCUAAUCAUCAAUAUGUGUCUAUGGUCUGUUACUAUCAUCCAUAUUAUGAGCCUUAAUUUAGUCCAUCUGACACAUUGCAUAGGCUGGGUUUCCAUUCUUCCAAUUAGAUCGGUACCUCAAAAUUCUCGUUCAGGAUCUGAAUCGCUAUGUUGCUAUUGCUGAAGAAACCAAGAACGAUGCUGAAGAGAAAUCAAAAGCUGGCGGGUUGAUGAAUGAUAGAAAAGUUGAGAGGAUCAUCACACCGGGAACUCUGAUUGAUGAGGAUUUCAUGAACCCAUUUACCAACAACUACGUUCUCGCUGUUCAUUUUGACAAAGAAUUAGAAACCUUGGAGGGUGACCUUGAUGGUUCGUCUUCUCUCGUUGGCCUAGCAUGGUUGGAUCUAUCAACUGGCCAUUUCUUUACUCAGUCUACAAAUUUGACUGCACUUUCAUCGUUCAUUGCUCGAAUCGGACCUCGAGAAAUUGUGCUGGACGAGGAACUGAAAAACUCAAAGAAUCCCGAGCUUCUCAAGGUCCUAGAGGAAGAUCGACAACUCGUCGCAUUUACACAAUUAUCAGGCAUCAGGCCAAUGAAAGAGUGGACACCUAUGUUGGAAUCCGCAAUACCUCCCAGUGUAGCCGAUACCUUCUCCUUAGAAGAGAUUGCGGCUGGUAGUACGGUACUUCAAUAUGUUGAAACUAGGUUGCAGGGCUCAAACACGAAAUUACAACCCCCAACCAGACAGCUUGACGUGAUGGGAAUCGACAAGAACACGAUGAGAGCGUUGGAAAUCAAAAAGACAAUCCAUGAUGAUCUUUUUACAGGAAGUUUGUUACAUACUGUUCGGAAGACUGUCACAAAAGGCGGGGCAAGGCUGCUAGACAGUUGGCUGAGUAGGAUACCUGUACUCCAUAGUAUGCAUUUGCUAACCCAUGCCAGGCUCUCCCUCUACAUCUUUGAGUAUAAUAAACUCAAGACUAGACCUUGUCACGUACAUGAUCAAAGACUCGCUCCUCCGCGAACGAAUCACCCUUCUUCUCCGCCGAAGCCACGACUCUCAUCGUAUUCUCCAGAAAUUCGCCUUCGGUCGUGGAGAUGCAGACGACCUUCUCGCUCUGGCAGACACCAUCCAAGCAACCAAAGAACUGAUCUCUCUUCUCAUUCAAGAGAUGACAACUUCAGAAGAAGAAUGUAUAGUAUCUCUGGCCUCACGCAUGAUACUGAAAGGUCCCUCCGCCCUCGCAAAACGCAUUCGAGCAGCCAUCGAUGAAGAGGGAGUCGUCCAACAACAUAUCCUCGACAAUGAAAAAGCAGAAACCAUGCAGGCAUUAGCUCAAGAAAUUGUUUCCUCCGAAGGCUCACAAGACGAUGCAAACUCCCUUCUAAGAAAGAGGAAGAAACCUACAAGCAUCAGAGAACAUUACUCGGACGAUGGAGAAGCUUGGAUCAUGAGACCUGGAGCAAGUCCCACCCUUGAGCGUCUACAUCAAGAACUCAUCACACUCACAAACGAAAAGACAUCUUUGGGAGACAAUCUCCGAGAGCGAUUCCAAGCACCUUCUUUAACUUUGCGUUUCAGUCCAGGUUUAGGACACAUCUGUCACAUCAGAGGAAAAGAUGUACAGCGAAAAAUCGUCGAGGGAACGAGAGUCAGUUCAUCCAAAAGCACAACCUCUUUCCAUCAUCCCCAAUGGACCGAUUUGGGAACCCGUCUUGACAAAACCCGGGAAUGUAUACGAUCAGAAGAACAACGGGUGUUUCGAAAUCUGAGAGAACUGGUCAUACACAACAUCGUGAAGCUCAGAAAGAAUGCCGAAGUGCUCGAUGAGCUUGAUAUUGGGACUUCAUUCGCGAUUCUUGCGAUAGAGAAAAAUUGGACGAGGCCGAUGUUGAAUGGAUCGAGUACGAAUAAGAUCGUAGGAGGACGACAUCCGACGGUUGAAGGAGGACUCGAGGAGGAGGGCAGAACCUUUACAACCAAUGAUUGUUUCGUUGGCGACGUCCAGAGAACAUGGUUGAUCACUGGUCCAAACAUGGCAGGAAAAAGUACAUUUCUGCGCCAGAAUGCCCUCAUUAUAAUCCUCGCUCAAGUAGGGUCUUAUGUUCCAGCUGAAUAUGCGGAGCUUGGGAUCGUGGACCAAAUAUUUAGCCGCGUGGGUUCGGCAGACAACCUAUAUCGAGGUCAGUCCACAUUCAUGGUUGAGAUGUUGGAGACCGCAGCCAUUCUCAAACAUUCAACUUCACGCUCUUUUGUCAUUAUGGACGAGAUAGGCCGAGGAACGACACCAACCGACGGAGUUGCCGUGGCAUUUGCAUGUUUACAUCACUUGUAUCACAUUAACAAAUGUAGGACGCUUUUCGCCACGCAUUUUCAUGAUCUGGCAGACAUGGCAAUUGCUGGUGGGAUGGAGGGAGUGGGUUUUUAUUGCACAGACGUUCAGGAAGACGACGUCGGUGAAGGGUUUAGGUAUGUACACAAGUUAAGGGAAGGAGUCAAUCGGAGUAGUCACGCUUUGAAGGUUGCAAGGCUUGCUGGGUUACCCGAGGAGGCUAUUACUGUCGCAAAGGCGGUAUUGGAAAAGAAAUCCAUUGUAUAA